AUGGCACUUCGCUUGGCAUGGCGAGCUUCGAGGAGCCAGACCUGGGGCAGUAUCGCGACUGGCGGCCGUAGAACAUAUUCCACCAGGAAUGAAUCCGUCUGCUUCUCUGUUGAUUUGGGUGCUGAUAGAAGGGACCUGUCGUCACUUCUUCAAGGGAUCAAGAAGCAAGUGAAAUUGACCAAUCCCAACCGCCAUGACGCAGCUGUCAUUCUUGCGACACCUCAGUAUGCAAAGCUCCUGGAAGAUGAGGCCUUCUUGAAAGAAUUUGUCGACUUCAUGUCGGGCACUGAGAAGGUAGAGCAGUUCCACGUCCUCGGUGCUGUGGUUGACCAUGUUGCUCCUCCGGUGCCCGAGAACAAACCGGUGCAGGGCUUGUCUAUAUUGCGAGGCCGCCAGGAUUCGAUCCUGCCGGAUUUGUGGACUCCGGCGCCUCCUAAGGCUAUUGAAGAUGCUGACAAAGUCGCCGCUCUCACCAUCGACUUUGGCAAUCCUCAUCUGACCAUCCCGUUGGCCAACACCACUUUCCUAAACCGCCGGACUUCUACUCUCCUUGCGAGCCGAUUCGAUCUCAGCCAAGGAUCACCUCGUCUCAGCGAGCGAAUUGAGAAAACCUGGCAACAAAUUACUCUGCCUCUCGAAGAACAGUUGCAGUCCGUCAAAGAUCUAGGUCUCUGGGCACCCUUGGUUCCCCUCACUCACCCACGCGUGGUAACUGAAAGCUUCGGUAACAUCGUUAGGCGUGUGAAUUUGAAUAACGAAUCCACUCCUGCGUCUGACGAACUCGAACCCGCGGUCGAUGAGCUUCACAGCCGAAAGUCCUACCUAGUGAAGCAGUCUACCAUGGGUGUUUGGGCGAUGAUUAUGCCCCCAGUAUAUUCACAAUCCGGAGCCGGCAUCUCUAGCCCAGACGAUCCAGACCCAGCUGCGACCUUUGAUGAGAAUCACUCUGCCACAGAGUUGAUGUCAGCAACUUCCAAUCGCCUUCAGGAGCUCUACGGACAAGGUGCUCGCCUAUAUCAGAUAUUGAGCGGUGGCGGUGGCUGGGGUGCGAAGAAGGGCUUGCUAUCGCUCGACCCUCAGCGAACCCAUUUCUCGUUAUCUGAGGAGGAAGAGAUGCAAAGGUUCAUCCAAGCCAUGGACGGUGGCAACUUUGUCCCUGUCGGCUCCAAAAUUCAGUUCUUUGCCUCAACUGAGACGCCCGCGAAGCCAGCAAGUGGGUCUUUCUCGGGCAUCGUGUUCGGCACGGCUGGUGCCACUCCCACUCCCGUAGACGAGGGACCUAAAGCCGGCCCAGUCGUCCUCGGCAAUAUAUUCGGUGCGCUGUCGAACGAGGGCGUAUUCGUUACCUCAUCAGAUGCUGCUGCUGAGACAACACCGGGAUUUAACAACGACUGGAGACUCAAUGUUCCACACUCUCGAGUUUUUGUUGGGAAGACCGAUUAG